AUGGAGCAGCUCGGCGGGGUGGCGACAGCUGAGGCGGAGGAGGUGCCGCGACCUGAAGCCAAGCCUGACAUGACCGCAGACUGCGGCGUAAAGAAGAAGAAGAAGGGGCAGCACGGCAGAGGUGACCGCACAACAAAGGAAGACGUGUACGAGCGAUUUCGGCAGGUGGCUGCGGGGCACCAGGCCGCAGCGCCAGCAAUCCACCUGUACUGCCCCUGGGACGGCCACAAGUUCGUGCGCGAUGAGACCUCCUGCCCUGAAUGCUCCACCCCACGCGGCACCACCAACGGCAAAGCGCCGUGGAGGAAGGUGCUGUACGAGGACCAGCCCUACGAGGACAACUACACGCACAAGCCCACGUUCCUGAUCGGAAUGAUCACCAACGCAAACAAGCGGGAAUAUGAUACGGUGAUGCUCAUCAUCGAUUCGGCGGCCGUCACAGCGCAGAUAAGCAUCAUCGCGCUCUUCAUUUUGAUGUUCAUUGCGAUCUACAACGAGUCCGUGUCGCUCCAGCUCACCCUGGCCGGAGAGGCCCUCCUUCUCAUCGCCGGCUUUGUCCUGCGACGAAUGAUCGAUCCACGCUUCACUGAGAAGUAUUUGCUGCGCGGCGUGCGAAGUCUCGUGGUGCUGGUGUGCACGCUGUUCGGUCUGUCGCCCGUGCUCAAGACGCUCGUCGAGUCCGUGAGCAAUGACACCAUCUGGGCGCUCACCAUCUUCUUCUUCGUCCUCCACCUGGCCUUCGCCGAUUACUCCUACCUCCAGGGCAACGCCGAACGGAUGAGCGCUCCGGUGUCCCUGAAUGCGGCGAUCUUCGCGUCAGUGCUCCUGGGGUCGCGCCUGUCGGGCAGCAUGCAGGUCUUCACCCUGCUCUGCUUCGCCGUGCUGAUCUUCGCUCUCUUUCCCAUGAUACGCCAUCACGUCAAGCGAAAAUCUCUGCGCUUGCACCUCUGGCUCACGUGGGGCAUGGUAGCGAUAGUGACCGUGUGCCUGUUCAACGUCUAUCCGCUGGUGGCCUACGCCUACACGUCGACCAUCGUCUUCACCACCUUCAUCUGCCCGAUGUGGCUCAAGUGGAUGCAGCGCUACAAAUAUGAGAUCAACGGCCCAUGGGACGAGGCCGUGCCCGCGGUGGAGAACAGGUCUGACCUUCAGUCCUCCUGA